AUGUCUAAGCAGCAGCGGGCGACGCUUGCGCAAAAGAUUAAAGUGCUAGAUUAUUUUCAUCAAUCAGAUAGUCCGCAGCUCAAAACGGUUGAUCAUUUCAAGGAUCAUUUCUCCAUUUCCACUUCAUCGCUAAGCGAAUGGCUCAAAAAUGAGACGGAGUUGCGUCGACGAUAUAAUGAAGCUGCGGACUUUAAUGCUUUACAAAACAGCCGAAGAAAAGCUACAUUUAAAUAUGAAAAGAUCAACAAAGCCAUGGAUAAAUUGGUACAAGACAAAUUAGCCAGAAACGAACUGAUUAGCGAACCGAUAUUGCGUAAGCAUUGGGCAGUAUUUGCACAACAAUAUGGCGUGGAUGAUCCGAAACGAAUGCAUAGCUUUAGUCAUGGUUGGUUGAGUCAAUUCAAAAAGAGACACGGGAUUAAAAAGAAGAAGUUUUUGAAACAACAGCAGCAACAAGGGAAAGGACAAGAGCAAAAACAGGAGCAGCAGAAACAGUUAAUAAGAGAGGGUCUUGGUGGAGGAAACUAUUCAACGGGAUCAAAGGAGUUUUCGGCUACUGGUUUGACAAUUGUAAAUGCCAAUGCUAGAGAUGGAUACAUGUCUCAAACAGGUCCAUCGUUGCUGAAUAACAAGCCGAAACAAAUUGCAAUGAAUGAGACCACCAACACCGAUAAUAGUGUUACUAACAACAGCGUGGGUGAUCGAAACUUUUCAACAAUGCUUACAAACAGCCAACAACAACAACAACAGCAGCAGCAACAGCCACUAAACAUUCUGGUCCCAAAUCAUGAAAAGUCACUGAAACCUUUUAAUGUAACCUCAAUUCUUCCACUUCCAAACCCAUUUAUGCCGGUCACAAGCAACAAAUCUCAUUUUGCACCUUCCAAAUACGAUCAAGAACAUAAAAAUGAACAACAACUGCUUCAUAUACAAUAUGGUUCUGUAUCUCAUAAACCAUUACAUACAGGUAGCCAACUUGGACAACGCGAUAAUCAAACUAUACAAAGUUUCUCAAAAAAGAAUGAUUUCAAAGACACAUCUGGUAAUAAAUCAAAUAUUGAACAGCUUGUUGCAACUAAACAGACACCAGCAUUAGCUGCUAACUACUCUACUGGUGAAAGACAACAGCGACAACAACAACAACAACAACAACAACAACAGCAGCAGCAGCAGCAAAAAAUACCACAGGAUGAAGGUGUCAAUGGUAUUAUGCAAACCAAACCUAGUCUUCUUCAAGAGAAAAAGCAACCAUCUCAACAGAUUCGAGAUGGAAUGAGCUUGAUCACAUCAAAAAGUUGUACACAACUGGCUCUUUCAACAUUGAAGCAACUGCUGCAAAAAUCACAACAUUUACCACAGAAAUCACCACAGCAGUUGUCUUUGAACUUUUCCACAGGUGGUGAUGAAGAUGAAGGGAAAUUGAUCUUUGUUACUGUUGAACAGUUUUUAAACGAUAAUCAGACUCAGUAUCCAAACACAUUCAAGAUUUUCCAGCAGCUUAAAGAAUCAUUUUAUCGUGAGAAGAAAUUGGUUACAACACAAGAAGCAGAGAAACAAAGAGCCGAUACGAGUGGAGCACUGCGACUUUAG